GGACUACUCUUUUCUUUGACCGCCAUGUCCGAUGAGCAAGCGUUUGCCUUCAAGCUCUCACGCGGCUUGUCAAGCACUGCGAGUCCUCCGAUACCACUGGCGUAUCAAUGGGGAAUGCAGUACGAUGGGACGCACGGGCCAAAACUUGACAUGUCGCAAGGCGUGCCCGGAGAUCCUCCCCAACCGCGGCUCCAAUCAGCACUAGCCACCGCCUCGUCGUCCGUAAGCAGUUUCGGAUACGGCACGGCCGGGGGCAACGCAGCACUUCGAAAUGCGAUGGCGGCGCAGAUGCGCGGGAUCUAUGGGGCAGGAGAGCAGGGUCUGACGGCGGAUCAUCUCUCCAUGGUCGCGGGGUGCAAUAUGGCGUUCGUUGCCGUCAUCAUGGCGCUAGCAGAUGCUGGGGAUCAAGUUAUCCUCCCUACGCCGUGGUACUUCAAUCACCAGAUGACUUUGAGCAUGCUCAACAUUACUCCUGUUCCGCUCAAGACGAGGCCGGAGAGAGGAUUCGCACCAAGCGUCGAGGACUGUGAGAAACUCAUCACGGGAAAAACGAGGGCGAUUGUGCUGGUUACACCCAACAAUCCGACCGGAGCAAUCUAUCCGCCAGCUCUGAUCUCAUCGUUCUACGCUCUAGCUCAGAAGCACGAUCUCGCCUUGGUGCUAGAUGAGACGUACCGAGAUUUUCUUCUACCAACUACGCCGCCACACAACCUGUUCGCCCAACCAGAUUGGGGUCGGAACCUCAUCCACAUAUACUCUUUCUCAAAAUCAUACUGCAUUCCGGGCCACCGUUUGGGGCUCGUCGCGGCUUCACCAGCAUUCCACAUGACGGGACUGCACACGAUCCUCGACUCGCUGCAAAUCUGCGCACCCGUCCCACCGCAACUCGCGCUCGGCCCUAUUCUGGCCGAUCUGCGCCCGGGAGUUCUCGCAAUGGCGGAGUCGCUCGCCCGCCGACGACAGGUGUUCGUCGACAAUCUGCCGGAAGGCUGGACUGUCGGCAGCAUCGGCGGGUAUUUCGCAUUUGUGCGCCAUCCGUUCGAGGGCAUGGGCUCGGUCGAGGUGUGUCGCCGGCUAGCGACUGAGAUCGGGGUGGUGCUACUUCCGGGUGCAUUUUUCCAGGAUCUGGAUGCGGAAGAGGAUCGGUGGAUCCGCUUUUCGGUGGCAAAUUGCGGAGAGGAGGGGAUCAUAGCAGUAUGUGAGAGGUUGGCUCUGGCUCGCCAGCUCCUGUAGAAUAAAACGAGAGUGUUUGGGCGUCCACGACACAUUGACUCGUUUGUCGAAGCAUCUUGAUUUGAAACGAGCAGCCUGUGGGAUAGAGUUUUGCUCGUUUAUUGCCAAUACGGCCACCGCCGCCUCAAGCCGGGCAUAGUUCUCCAGAUGGUUGAAAGAGUAGAACCAAGUUUCAGCAGCCCAUUGCUGAGAGAAGAGCCGAUCACCGGAUGCGGCCCUUUCGGAAUCAAAUUGCAUCCUGUAAAUUUAGAACAACUCAUUUAGCCGAUAAGUUCUCCGUU